GCUAGUUCAAUUAUCCUCCUGGAUGACAAUUUCCGAUCCAUCGUUACGGCGAUCGCCUGGGGACGGACGGUAAACGACGCCGUUGCUAAGUUCCUUCAGUUUCAAAUCACGGUCAACAUCACGGCCGUUAUUCUGACGUUUGUGUCGUCCAUCUAUAGCGAUUCGAAUAACCCCGUACUUAAUGCUGUGCAGCUGCUCUGGGUGAAUCUCAUAAUGGACACAUUUGCUGCACUAGCCCUAGCCACCGAUGGCCCGACAGCAGAAAUUCUGGAUCGAAAACCCGUACCCAAAAGUGCCCCACUCUUCACCAUGAACAUGUGGAAGAUGAUCCUCGGACAAACAGUCUACAAACUCGCUGUGAUCUUCAUGCUGUACUUCGCCGGGGACCAACUUUUGAAUCCACAGCUUGACAGCAACGACCCAGAUCUUCGAUCCAAACAGCUUUCCACAGUUGUCUUCAACACAUUCGUGUGGAUGCAGGUUUUCAACGAAUUUAACUGCCGCCGCCUCGACAACAAGUUCAAUGUCUUCGAGGGCAUGUUUCGAAACUACUGGUUUUUGGGCAUCAAUGCCGUUAUUGUCGGCGGACAAAUAAUGAUUGUAUUCAUUGGCGGCCAGGCAUUUCGCGUGACUCGUCUCAGUGGGAUUUUAUGGGCUGUUUGUCUCAUCUGUGCCGUGGGGUGUAUGCCGUGGGCCAUGAUCCUACGCAUGGUCCCCGACCACCGUUUUGCUUUCUUUUUCAAUGCCGUCGUCGGCAGUCUAUCGGUCGUCAUGCGGCCAUUUGUCAAGGGCCUCCAGGCCUUUGGUAGAGGCAUCAAGGCUUGCUUCCGACCUGUCACCCGGUAUAUCCUUCGGGUUUUCUCUCGGCGAAUCUCAAAACACAAUGUUCAGGAGUCAACGAAUCGUCAACCUAAAGACAAGGAAUGGCCCGUUUCAAUGAAGCUGAGGCAUACUCCUGAACAUCUUCAGGAGCCAUCGCUACACUUAGGGUCCACGCCAGCAGAGGUUGCACUCUACUUUGGCGAUAUCCAGGACGACAUCCUGACUAUGAUAGCCAACCUAAACGAUGCAGAGCAGAUGUUAUCUCGGUCGCAGUCCAAGUAUCUUGGUCAGCUCUCAUUUGGCUCCACCCGUACGCGAAAUCAAAUCGUGGACGCUCUUAGUCGGCUGACUGUUAUCGCGGCUAUCGUCGUCACGAUGCAGGUCAUUACCGGUCUCUUUGGUAUUAUGUAG